AUGAAACCUAAGACGACAAGGUCUCGAACAGGUUGUUAUACCUGUCGAAGACGAAAAAAGAAAUGUGAUGAAUUACUGUUUCCCACAUGUCAUAAUUGUGAAUCAAAACAUCUACAAUGUGUAUGGCCAAAGGCUACCCAAGAGUUAUAUGAAAAGCUUAGACAAGUUAAAUACAUUGAUUCAAAUGAUAAUACAAGUCAUGUUCAUCAUCAUAGUACAAAUGGUAUACGACAGGGUCCAUCAACUACUACUAUAAUAUCAACGAGUUCAAAAGUACUAUCAAAUUCGAAGCUAGAGGUAAAUCAAGAUGAAUUAUCAACUGUAGAUGGAUCACCAUUUGAUCAGUAUUUGCAGUCACCUUAUCUGGAUUAUACCGAUAUCUCAGAAACCACCAAAACAAUAAAUCAAUCCCUACCUUCAAAUUCAAAUACUUUAAGUAGUAAAAAAUCAAGUCAUAUACUAAACAUGAUUGCAAUGCAACAGGAUUGUGUUGAAUCAGAUGAAGAUGAGAUGUUUUCAAACCCUCACCCCAUACCAGUGCCAAUAUCUGCAUACCCAUUAUCAUCUGGGAAUUCGUCAACGAAUUUCCCAUCUAUUAUAACUAAUUCAAUUCCGAUAUCUACUUUAAAUUCUACAAAAUCAGUCAAAAAUAAAGCAUUGCAUUCUGCUAUAGCAUUAAUGGAAAGUCCUAGAUUAGAAACUAGUGAUAAUCCUCCACCCGUAUUUAAUAUUGACUUCAGUCGAUUAUCUUCGCCUGAAGUCUAA